AUGUCUGAAGAUGGUGGAAAAGCUGAACCGACAGCAGAAGCAAAAGACAUCAUUACCAAACUCAAAAGUGAAUUUGAUGCAAAAAUGUUAGACGAUUUGAAUACUGCCCAUAUACUAGAAGGUGCUUACAAAGAUGCAUUGAAAUUCAUCAACGAUUCCAUCGGCAAGCUUAAGAAAAUGCAGAAGACACAGAGGAUGCCACUGCUUGUGUCACUUGUUGAGAUUGAGAAAGCAGCAAAGACAGUUCUUGAAGUGCUUGGUUUCACCACUACCCUGAGCUAUACCGAUAUUUUGAAAGAGAUGAGACAAAAAGCACUAACAAGAGCAAAAUUGAGCGAAGAAGAGCUUUCAAAAAUAAUAGAAGAAAGGACAAUGGCGCGGAAGAACAAAGAGUUUGAGAAAAGUGAUGAGAUUAGAGCACAACUGACAGUUAAAGGAAUAGCUUUAAUGGAUGUUGGCAAAGAAACUGAGUGGAGGCCAUGCGUACCUUCGGUGCCGGCUUAAAACUAUAUUGGACCCUUUGACAGAAACUUUUUUUAUGUAUUAAGCAUAAUAU